UGUGGUGGCAGCGGCGGUGGUGGUGGUGGCGGCGGUGGCGACAAUGGUGGCGGAGGUGAUGGCGAUAGCGAUGCUGGGAACGCAGAUAAUCAUCGCCGUCGUCGUCUUCUCCACUAUCAACUACAACCUUCCAAAAUCGAUCACUAUUGUUGGUUUCAAUCUGAAGAACUGAACAGCAAUUUGGUGAACACAAAUUUCACCAACACUUUUUUAACGCUGUUUCUGAUAUUCUAUUUAAGCAGUUGUUUACCAUUUGCUAUGGCAUUAGAACGUUACAGCAACAGUCUUGAAGAUGUCAAAUAUCGAUGUCAACAAGGUAAGUAA